UCAAAGCAAACAUAUGUUCAUCACAUUGUGAUAUUUUUUUAUGCGUCAGUUCAAUGAUAAGCAAAUUGUUCCGUACACUGACAAAUUGUGAAUUGAUUUUUAAACACAGCCCGACAUUCAGUAAAAUGAGUGCCCAUGUACGGAUCAUCUGCGACAGAAAUCCGCGCUGUGAGCCUGACGAAACAUGGGUUUUCGGCUAUGGUUCACUUGUGUGGAAAGCAGAUUUCCCCUUCGAAGAAAAACGCACAGGAUAUAUUAAAGGAUUUUUAAGGAGAUUCUAUCAAAAUAGCAUAGAUCACCGAGGGACCCAUGACAAGCCUGGACGUGUGGUAACAUUAAUACAUUCGGAUGACCCCGAAGCCAAGGUAUGGGGCAUGGGCUAUCGCAUUGGAAAAAACGAUGCUGAAAAAGUGCUAAAACAUCUGGAUUAUCGGGAGAAAAAUGGUUAUGGUCGCCAUCGGGUACUGUUUCAUCCAUAUCCUCCGAGCAAUAUACAGAGCAACCAUCCAAAAAACAUUGUUCUGUACUUAGCCAAGCAAGGAAAUCCCUCAUUUGCUGGUCAACAAGACAGUAUACAAGAAAUUGCCGAUCAAAUUUUAGGAGCUGCUGGCGAGAGUGGCGAAAAUACGGAGUAUGUUUAUAAGUUGGCCGAUGCUAUGAGGCAGUUAUAUCCCGGCGAGGAAGACGAUCAUUUGUUUGAACUUGAACAAGUGUUGAAAGCAGCCGAGGCUAGGAAGAAUGAACGCAAUGGUUUUGUAAUCUGCGAGGUUGAUAGAUCGAGUUUAAGUAAAGAGGGUUGAGCGCGGACAACAGAGAGAAAUGAUUUUUUUCGGAUAGAUAAAAACAUUCUGUACAUAGCUAGACAAUUUAAUUGAAAAUCAUGAUAAAAUAGACUAUUACUUUCAUUAGUAAACCUAACUAAACCUCUAACUUAUAGCAAACGAGUUCUGCCGACCUUGAAUUCGCUAUGUAACUACUAUAUUUUUAUCCUUACAGCUGUCUCGCUCAACACUAGUGUCGUGCAUAACCCUUGACUCAAUAUGCAUUUAUUAGACUAACUGAAGGGUCUACACUUUGACUUAAUAAUGUAUAUGACCUGAUCCAUCAUCGAUUGAAUCCAGUAGUUUUGUUUAAUUAUUCACAUCAAAGUAUCAAAAAGACAUAAGUAUAGCCACAUAUUGCACAAAUUGUAAUAUGAUCAUCUAAACUGCCUAUAAUCGCAAGUCAGUCUCAUGUUGAUAAUAUGCAACAAAAUAAAUAAAACAAGUGUCUCAUAAAACAAGGGCUACAUAUGCAGGAAAUACAAAUAAGUUUUACACGAUGCAUGUGAAAACGCUGUGCAUGACCUUGACCAUGGUUGUGCUCAUCUUGUGUUGAAGCAUGUGAUAUUAGAGUGGCCCAAGGUUGUAUGAAAAAGUGCAAAGUUUGGAAUUUCAAACCUUACCCCCCAAAAUGAUAGUUUGGGUCCCCAA